CGGCCGGCGCGUUGCGCAUGCGCGCCUAGAGCAGACAAUAAUGUGGCAGGGAAUUAGGUGACUCGCUUUUGGGAAGCUGACUUUUAAAAAGCACGGCCAGACCAUGCUAUGACGACUUCCCUGAUCCUGCAUCCUCACUGGGCGGACACCUUGAUGUACGUGUAUGAAACGAGCCCGAAUGAAACGAAUCCCAAGAAAAGCCCAGCAGACAUGGAGGGACUGAGUGGGAACUGUGCGAGCAGUCACUGCAGGGAUUUUAUUUCUCACCCAGCAUUGGGGCGCCAUUCCAGUUCCAUCGGAAGCCACCAAGGACCUGUGUACACGGAUAUUACCUCUCCAGAGGCUGGCAGACAGUGCUCGGGGGCCACAUCUUCUUCUAAUGCCUCCCUGGGCUAUGCCUACCCCUUCGGGAGCAGCUACUACGGCUGUAGGUUGUCUCAGUCCCACAACGUCAAUUUACACCAGAAACCCUGCACCUACCACCCCAACGAUAAGUACCCCGAGCCCAGCAACCCCAUCCCCAGCGAAGACUUCUCCUCCAGGGCCAAGGAGUUUGCUUUUUACCCCAGCUUUGCCAGCUCUUACCAGGCGGUGCCCGGAUACUUGGACAUGUCAGUGGUGCCCGGCAUCACCAGCCACCCGGAGCCUAGGCACGAUACCCUCCUCUCCAUGGAGGGAUACCAACACUGGGCACUGCCAAACGGCUGGGAUGGCCAAGUCUACUGCUCCAAGGAUCAAAGCCAACCCAGCCAUCUAUGGAAAGCACCUUUCCCAGAUGUGGUGCCCCUCCAGCCAGAGGUUAGCAGCUACCGCAGGGGCAGGAAAAAGAGGGUGCCCUACACCAAAAUCCAGCUGAAGGAACUAGAAAAGGAAUAUGCAGCCAGCAAAUUCAUAACCAAAGAGAAGAGACGGAGGAUCUCCACGGCCACCAGUCUGUCUGAGCGCCAGGUCACAAUAUGGUUUCAGAAUCGAAGAGUCAAAGAGAAAAAAGUCGUCGUCAAAUGCAAAUCCUCUCACCUUCACAAUACCUGACACUAGGGGGAGCCUAGGAAGCCCCCCCUCCCCCACCCCAACCCCCCCUACCCAAUAAAUAUUUAUCUCAUUCCCACGUAUAAAGACAUUUCUCCAAGUGAACUAUGGAUUAUUUAAUAUAAGAAUGGAAUGCAAGUGACAGAAUCUAUCAAUGAUCCCAUCACCCCCCAGUGCCCACCCUCCUCCAUUCACCCUUAACUGUGAAUACACCGGGGUCUGAUGCUCUCUAGGCUUCUCCCUACAUAAACGCCUAUAUAAUAUAUAUAUAUUUAAAACAAUCAGCGCUUAAUAUGUUUCCGGGACACGGUUCUGUCACUGUCAUUGAUAGUCCUGAUCACAUCAGGCAAUCUGCUCGUUUCUUCCAUUUUCUGGAGUCUUAAUGAACUGUCUAAGAAUAUAACAUGUACAUACGUUCAAAGGUGCAUAUGUAACACAUGUUUUGUUGAGUAUGCUUGAAAAUCUUGUAAAUUACACGUAAAAAAAUGACAGAUCUCUGCACAUUUAUGUUCAUAAGGAAAAAAAAUAGAUUAAAACUACUGCGUACUAGGGGAUUUCUAGGCAGAUGGCACCUCGUGUCUGGUACUUAAAGGGUUAACCGUCCUCAUGUUCCAUUCUAGAACCCUGAGACUUGUCAUGAAUAGAAAUGUCUUAUUAAUAGUUUAUUUCAUUCUGUGGCCACAGAAUUAUUACAAUUGCUGAAAUACAACCGCGCAGAGGUAUCAGGAUUAAAAAAAGGCCCUUUCUUUUCUCUUAUGUUUGUUAACCAUCAGUGUUAUGAGCUAUUCAGAAAAUUACUGACACACGGUGCAGAAAUUACUUACAUAUAUGCAUUGUUUGGGGAAGUAUGGAUUUUUUGUUUCAGUCACAUUGAUUGGACGUUUUAUCCUAGACUAUUUUACUGUAUCUGAAGGUUCACGUUGUACUUUUUUUCUUCUUUUAUUAUGGUAUGGGAUAUACUCAAUGCCAGUCUUAAGCACUGCUACAUGUGUCCAGGAAAACAGAAUGUGGACAAAGGUAUGCUGUAUAGAUCUUCUUUUUAUUAUUUUGUCGUGUAUAAUGUAUAGUAUUGUGGUGUCUGAAUAUUAUCUGUCAUGGAAGAAAAAAAAUUUCUUUUAAAUAAAUAUCACCUGGCUUGAUGUACGAUGUGGAUUGUACAUUC